ACUUAAAGCAAAACCGUUUCAUUUAACGUGUAAACUUUAAACAUAGUAUUGGUUUGACUAAGAUAAUAUGUGUUUGUUACAUCAGACUGUCGUGACCGUCAGACGUUGGUUAUGCGUGACGUCAUCAUGCUUCAUACUGUGUUGUUUAUGCUGUGUAUGCGUUACAGGUCAGGGUACUACAGGUCCUAUCUGUACAGGACAGGUGCUGGGUGUGAGCGCUCCGUCCGUCCUCGGUACUGCAGGCGGACCAAACACAGGCAGGUCCUACCUACUGCGAGACGCCAGUAUGAAGGUGCCGUGUUGCGGGGUCGUGUCCGAGUGGCGCUUCGCUACCGCCGCCCCCGGGGACCUCGCCCUGCACGUGUGGAAACAGAUGGCCGGAAACAGCUACAAGUUACAGGGAGAGAACGUCUACACGGGCGCCACUGCUAACAGCACAACUCGCUUCUCCGUCGGCACCAGCGCACAGGUCUCGGUGGAGCUGAACGACGAGAUAGGCUGGCAUUCAUCGGCGGCAGACAUUGUGGCGGUGGAGGCCAACGCGGCAUUCACGCAGGGCGCGGUAACGAUAGGCGGCAAAACUGCUGUUGGCGGCACGUCGAGCUGGCCUAACACUUUGGUGAACGGGGAGCGCUGGAUGAUAGGCGCCGUCCUCUCGCCUAACUCGUUGCCGCACUUUGACGGCAGCCUGCCUGCCUCUGUGACGGCCAAGAUGUCGUCUGCUGCUGGUACCAGUCUAUACACCAUCACAGUGGCAGACGACAACCCGGACGACGUGGCGGCCCUCACAGUCUCCAUCCAGCCCGCAAGCGCGGAGUUCGAACUCGAUGGUCGAAACGUGCAGGUGAAGAGCGCCGGUCUGCCGCUCGGCGACCACAGGGUGGUUUUAGAGGUUGUGGACCACUGCUUCCAGACCGGAACUGCCACACUCACUAUCACUGUCGUCGAUGAUCGGCCCGAGAUCACGAGUCUGCCGGUGGCGGCGGUGGCGCUGCGAGAGGACAUGGCCACCAGCAUGUCGCUACAUCGGCUCAUCUACACCGACGACGGGCCACUCUCUGACGUCACGUGUCGUAUUAACAAAACCGAGCCAGCAGCAUCCCCCCAGUUCUCCCUGCGGUACAAAGACGGCACUUCCGACUACUGGGUGUACUACGACCCUGUCUCUGCGGCGCCGCUGUCCUAUGACGAACAGGCCCUCUACUCACUCUUCAUCGUCUGUAACGACGGCGUCUCGGACUCGGACGCAAAGGAGAUCCAGGUGUCCAUCACCCCCAACAGCCCCCCGGUCCCAGCUAUAGACGCGACUGUGACAGUGUCUGCCGCCACGACUAAGAACGGCUCCCUGGUGUACACUGCCGCCGCCACCGACCCCGAGGGCGACCCGCUCACCUUCACCAUGCAGUGUACCUGCCCAUUCAAGAUGUACCCCAACGGUGAGAUCCACGCGACAAAAGAUCUGAAUGACCACAGAACGACGCCUUACGUGGCGACCGUCAACGUCAGUGACCCCUAUAACACCGUGGGACCGCAGACUAUCACCAUAAAAAUUACUGACAUCAAUAGCCCACCCGUACUGGUCCAACCCACGAAGGUUUUGCCCGAGUUCGAGCGGGUCGACGUGGCGGAGCACACCGCUGAGGGCAUCCCCAACCUCCUGGGCACAACCACAUCAGUGUUCACCGCCGCAGCCACCGACGCCGACGGCGACACGGUCACGUGGAACAUCCAGUUUGAAAACGGGAAAGGGGCGGACCUGUUCAACUUCAACCCCAACACGGGGGCGAUAACGACGGCGGCCGAUCUGAACUACGAGGAGCUGUCUCGCCAGGGUCUGCUCACCACCACCGUCACCGUGCGCGCCUUCGACGGCCGCGAGUACUCCAGCAACAGGACGCUCCAGAUCAGCGUCACUGACGUCAAUGAGAAGCCGCAGUUCAACCAGCAGCGCUACGCCCUGGACACCGUGGAGGGCGCGACCAGUCCCCUCAAUCUGGACUGCCCGCUGUUUGACGUCACAGAUCCCGACAACUACGACACCCGUCGCUAUGACAUCAGAUGUGGUGGAACAGCUGUGUUCCAUAUACCGAGCACUACCCAGCUCGCAUGCGAUGCCUUUAUCCAGCAGACAGCCGAAUAUGAUCUAGAUAACCCUGGUGCAGCCUCUAGAGUUGUGACAUGCACAAUCACAGUGUAUGACAAGGGGGACCUCACCGCCACUACAACGUUGGAGAUCACGGUCCAUGAGGAGGACGACAACCCGCCGUACCUGGACCAGACCUCAUACAGCUACACCAUCACCAAUGACACCACCGCGGGCGCCAAGUUCGGCAACGUGGACGCCACGGAUAGAGACUUCCUCCCCGAACACAGACGACUUACUUACCGAACGGACUCCAGCGAAUUUGGCGUGGACAACAAUGGCGUGUUCGUGUCUCUGGUGGACUGGACCGGAGUGGCAGCUCCGACCAGCAGGGCCUUCAAUGUCUACGUGACUGACGAGGCAGGCCACCAGGACGUCUCGCCGGUGAAUAUUGUGAUCGUGGACGUUCCCCCGACAACGACGACGACGACGACCACGACGGUUCUGCCCUCUGUGUAUGACAACAUCGACUCGUUCCUCGGUGACUCAGGCAACCUGGCCUGGCUGAUCCCGGCGGUGAUCCUGGGCGCCCUGGCGGCGGGGCUCAUGGGCUACAUGAUCUACAGGUGCUGCUCCACACCAGGGGCCUGCUCGAACAUCACCAGGGGGUGUUUUACGGGUGCUCGAAGAGGACCAAUGCAACCGCGGACAGUGUUUAGGCAAGCUCAAACAAGUAGGACGGUCGUACGAAACCCCGCUGAAAUCAAGCCCGUGCUGAGACAGACCCCUCCCCCGCGCACGGUGGUCAGGCGUGUCGUAUCGCCACCACGGUCAGAAGCAGUGGAGAAAUCGCCUGCCGAGAACAAGAGCAGCUUCUUCGAUUGCUUUAAGAAGAACAGACCACCCCCAGAAGCGAAGACCGCUGAUGGCACUAGAGUCUGGAAUCUAUGGAACCAUACAGACUUUAAACAGCAAGAUAAAUGGGUCGGUUGAUGAAAUGCAACAACACGGGGCAAGAACGGUUACGUCAAGGAAAUUCAUUUAGUAUCUACAUUGCUUAAGAACAUUAGUGUAUACGUGUUCAGAUUCCAAACAAUAACAAAUUCAAAUGUGAAUUAUUCAUUGAUUUACUGUUAUUUGGUACAGAUUUGCGUGAUCAUAAUCAGUUUUGUUCCCAUAUCGCACAUUAGAAGAUGCGAUCAGUCAAUAUUAGCACGACUAAAAUGUCGAUACUUCUUUUAUGAGGAAAACGUAAGGUGAUUUACAAACUUUUGUUAUCAAAGAAAAUAAUUAAAAAUCAGGAAUAAAAAGUUUUAUGUAUUCCAUAUUGUAAUGCCGGUCCGCCCGGUUGCCGUCAGUAAACAGUUCAAUGUA